UAUAGAAAUAUGAAAGGAAAAUUUUUGGCGCUUUCACAACAGUAGUGGUAAACAUUUUUUGGCUCAACUUUUGUUAUUUACGCGCCAAAAACAUGUGCAGCUCAACGAUCGUAAGCACAAGUUAUUAUUUGCACAAAGGCCUUCGUCUAUUCAACAAAUUAUAUUGUAAUAUUUGGACCCGAUCUCAUCUUUUCUACCUAAGUUUACUUUAUUAAAAUUCUUUUCAGUAAUAAUUUUCAAAGAAAAUGUCCAACAAUCAAAAUUCGUACAUUAUUGAUUGGGUCAAAUUGAUGGAAGAAAGUGAUGAUGAUUUAGAAGAUCAAGAUCAAAAUUCAUUGAUUAGCGAUUUCAGUUCAACAUUGAAAUGUUCAAACGAAUUUGAACCCUGUGGAUCUCAAACAGACGUUUCGAAAUUGUUCUUAUCCAAAUCUGAUAUUUCAGUAUCAGCCAUUGAAAUCAAUAAAUCAGACGAAAAAAUGGAAGCUAAAUAUGAAUUGGAAUUUUCCAACCCUGAAGAAAUCCAAUAUGAUAUCGAUUCUGGCUUGGGCAUUUCUUCUUCUGGUUUGGACGUAUCAUCUAGUGAUUAUAUCAAUGUAGCUAUUGAUGCUCAAGAACCUUUAGUUAUUGACAACAACAGUAUUGAUGAUGAUAUACAUACUACACCAAGGUUAAAAAGACCAUUGCGUGAACUUAAUUUCUAUCCAAGCAAUCAUUCUCGAUCAUAUAGCCCGGCAAGUUCAACUUGUUCAUCAUUGGAACGUCCCAGAAAAUCGACACGAUUUAAUCAUAAUAAAUGUGUUGAAUUCGAAACAGAUCCUGAUGUGAUCAAAAGACGACAAAAACAAAUUGAUUAUGGCAAGAAUACUAUUGGAUAUCAAAAUUAUAUAAGUAAAUUGCCGAAAAAUCGUCGAAACAAAACUGACCUUUGUACACCGAAUAAAUUUGUCAAAUACAGUCGUCGUUCAUGGGAUCAACAAAUUAAAUUAUGGCGCCUACGCUUACAUGAACAUGAUCCACCAGAAAUGGGCAGCAAAUCCGAACAACAGCAACCAUCACACGAUAAUGUGAAUGACGAAAAUGUUAACAAAGUGAAUCGAAAACUUGAAUUUGAUCAGGCUUCGAUUGAUAUCGAUGACCAAAACGAACCUCAUUCAGCAUCGACAUUGGACGAAAAUUCUGAUUUAAACCUGGACAUUUCGGACAUUUUACAAUUGUAAUUUGAGACUUGAACUUCAAAUUUUUAUCAUCAUCGCCAUUUACUCAGUAUUCAUUGUUUAUCAGGAUCGACUUUUCUUUCCUUUUGAAAUCACAUACAAUUCAUAAAUUUAGGCUUCACAUUUCAUUAAACUGAUUUAAUAUAUCAAAUAAAACUAUUCUUAUUUGGCAA